GGAUCACUGGUCUGGAAAAGGCUACCGUCGAUCAUAUCUUCCUUCCAGGAGAUACUAGAUUGCCGAGCUUCUCAACCCGUGCUACUUGAGCUAAAGGCUUACGCGGCUAAUUAUAACGUCAGCCUCGAGAGGCUAUACCAGUUUUGAAAGAAUUACCGAAUAAUUAAGGACAAAGGCGUUACACACAAACCAGCUAGCUGGUGGACUCUUCAGUUCAGUCACAAAACUCUUGCCAUACACAACAAUACCUAAGGCACUAACAAGUCAGGACCUCGCCCGUAUUCCCUUCCGUAUAUUGACCGACCGCAUCUAAUCCACAGACUGAUAGACUUGAGAACAUGGCCUCUACUUUACGCGCCAAGCUUUUGAAUGGCUUCAUUCAUAGCCACCGCCCCGCUCUUGCACCUCAUGCCAUAGCAUCCUUUUCAACGUGUAACGUUCUACACGGCAAGGAUAAUGCCUCUACAAAUAAUCAACAGAACAGCGAGAACCCAGGGUACUGGCAGUAUGAUUUUAGCUUCAGAACUCAGAUGGGCAAAACAGUGCUCAUUGGGAUUCUUGCUGGGGCCGGUGCUUUGGAGAGCUGGACGUUAUGUCAGGAAAUCCGGGCAUGGUGGACGGGUGUUCGAGACGACGGGGAAGAAUUGUAGGUUGUUUAGAUUAUUGAUGACAUUACCACUGUCCCUUUUGCUUUAAGAGUGGAGAAUGCAAUUAACAGAUUAACCAAACAAUGUCUCGUCUACAACCUUUCCCGGAGACCAAUGGUUCAGCUUUGUUUCCAUCUUUUCCCCUCCCCCAAGAGAGAACUGAACUCCAACCCUGUCACACAUCAUCUGAAGGGUCGUCCAUUGCUUUCUGAAAGAGUCCUUGACGCGAAUGCUGGUUCCGUGUGGUGUCUCCCGCUCAGGCGAGAUGAGUAAGGACUGUAGAUUGGGAAGCCGUUCGUCGUGUUGAGCAAGAAGAUCCUCG